AUGAGGGUAAAUUAGACCCCAAGAGUUAUUAAGUUAAACUGUUUUCUGGAGUUAAUGUCUGACCCACAUUACUAAUUUAGUUAAGGCGAAUAGGUAACUAAAAUAAAUAAAUAAAUAAAUAAAUUAAAACUUUCCAAAACAGAAAUAAGAAAGAAAAUAAUAAAUUGCAGAAUGUCACUGUUGGAAAACUGGUGUAAAGGCGAGGGCUUAGAGGCAUCCCAUGCACUUGUAGUGAAACUGGUCCCCACAGAUGCCACUGUUAGUCAUAUUGAAGAAACUUUGACGACUAUUAAAGCUCUGGGACGAGUUAGGGUUAGAGGACGUAUGUUUAACCCUCAAUCACAGUCACUGAUGGUGUUAUGUGAGUGUAGUGAGAGAGUAAACACUAAAGCUAUACCACUGGAUGUGCCACCUAUUGAGGGAGGUGAACUGUGGACAUUGCAUGGGCCAGCUGAUGAGGAAGAAAAUGUUGAUCAGGAGAAGAGACAAACAGAUCCGCUGACACAAAAUAGUUCCACAUCAGCUGGAGAAGCAGAUGCACCAGAAAUGCUGUCCUUCGAUCCUAGGGCAGGGAACUCGGCAGAGUCUAUUAUAAAAGCAGUGGGGGAUCUGCUAGCAAAGACCAUGAGGCCUGCACAAGAAAGUAAUGUCUUCAGGCGUCUCCGCCCAUAUUCUGGAAUAAGUCCCACCCCUCUGGGAGAGGAAAGUUUGGAUACCUGGAUGGAACAAGCACAAUUAAUGGUGGAUGAGAGUGACUGUUCUAAGCGGGAGAAACGAAAGAGGAUUGUAGAAAGCUUAAAAGGUCCUGCUCUGGAAAUUGCACAAGCAGUGAGGGCUAACGAUCCGGAUGCAUCCCCUGAGGAAUAUAUUGAGGCUCUGGAGAGAGCAUUUGGAUCCCCAGAGAGUCCUGAGGAUCUCUACUUCUCCUUUAGAGCAUUACGCCAAAAUGCUGGUGAGGGACUUUCAGAUUUUUUAAGGAGAGUGGAGCGAAAGCUAACAAAAGUUGUUCAGCGAGGAGGAAUACCUCCCAGUCAGAGAGACAAUGCACGUGUGGAACAGCUCCUUCGUGGAGCCACAGAGUCUGAAAUACUGCUCCUACAGUUACGUCUAAGAGAGAGGAAGAGUAAUCCCCCAUCCUUCCUAACACUGUUGAAUGAAAUCAGAGAAGAAGAAUUUCAACAAUCAAUGAGAAAGAAACCUGUUGCUCAUUCAACUAGACCCGUAGUCCGGCAAGUGAGGGUGGAAGAUGAAAAUAAGUCAGACUCUGAAGUUCAGGAGCUGCAGGCCCAAAUCAAAAUGCUGCAGUCCCAAGUGUCUGAACUCACAGCUAGUCAGCUAAAAACCACCUCAAAGUCUCCAAAAGUACACCACAAUGAUGAAAUGCAACCCAGAAAAUCUGAGGAAGUUCAGGCCUUAAGAAAACAAGUUGAGGAAGUACAACAUCACCUCAACAUGAUGACUGUGACACCCACAAAUUUUCAGCAGACCAAAGGUCCUGGAUGGAGACCAGCAAACAAAGGAAAUCAAGUAAAUAAGGCUCCUCCUCACACUAGUAGCC